AUGAAACACGUGAUCGUUAUCUUCGCUUCCCUGCUCGUAUUCUGCGCCGCCCAGGCCCAGGACGAUGUGCAACUAGUGCAGUUCACCAACGACAACAACGUCGAUGGAAGCUACCAAUUUGCCUACGAGCAGAGCGAUGGGCAAAAACGCGAAGAGAAGGGUGAACUGAAGCCAGUGGCGGGAGCUGAGGAGCCAGCACUGUCGGUGACCGGUUCGUACGAAUAUACCGACCCCAACGGACAGCGAUACCGUGUUGAAUAUGUCGCAGACGAGAAAGGAUACCGUCCGACGGUGACGAAGCUGUAA